CGAGAUGCUGCGGGCGGUGGAGGCCAUGAUCGACGAGGCGCCGCCCGAGCAGGGGCCCAGGCGGUUCGGGAACGUGAGCUUCCGGCGCUGGUACGGCAUCCUGGAGGGGCGGGCGGAGGAGCUGCUGAGGGGCUGCCUGCCAGAUGCCGUGCGGGAGGCGUGGGGGGACGGCGUUGUGGAAGAGGUCAAGGCCUACUUCUUGGGGGGGUUCGGGAGCGCGCAGAGACUGGAUUACGGCACGGGCCACGAGCUAAGUUUCCUUGCGUUCCUUGGCUGUCUGUGGAAGCUGGGCGCUUUUCGGGAUGAACAGGGCAGGGAGAGGGAAGAUGGGGAGGCGGAGAGGAGUUUGGUGUUGGGGGUUUUGGAACCGUACCUGAAGGUCGUACGGCGGCUGAUUCUGACCUACAACCUCGAGCCGGCGGGUUCUCACGGCGUGUGGGGACUCGACGACCACUCGUUUCUGCCGUACAUCUUCGGCUCGGCGCAGCUCGCCCGUCCCAUCACCGAGUCCGAGCCCAUGCCGCUGGAAGGCUCCGUCCCGGGCGCCCCGCGGCCCUCAGACGUGGUGAAACCGGCCUCGGUUGACCUGCACCGCGAGUCAAACAUGUAUUUCUCGGCCAUCGGCUUCAUCAACGACGUCAAGAAAGGCCCCUUUUGGGAACACAGCCCGAUCUUGUUCGACAUCUCGGGCAUCAAGGACGGCUGGGGUAAGAUCAAUAAGGGCAUGAUCAAGAUGUUCAACGCCGAGGUUCUUUCCAAGUUCCCCAUUGUUCAGCACUUUCCAUUCGGCUCGCUGUUCUCGUGGGACCCAGAUCCGGAGGCGGCCGUGCCGGCCCAUUCCGUUCAUCUGGCGAGCCAGCCGAGCAGCACCGUCAACCCUCCCGCUGCUGGGGGCGGGUCAGGAACCACUGCCCCUUGGGCAGAGGCAACAAAGAUGCCCGGUGCCGCACCCGGUGUGCCGCCGGGGCCGGGAAUCCCGUAUUCUAGGGCACCAUGGACCAGAGGGGUGAGCUCAGCGCCGACGGCGCCGAGGGGAGGAGUCCCGGACACCGGGCCGCCUCCGCCCACAACGUUUGCGCGGGGCACCCCGGGCACAGCCAGUAAUCAAUAUACCGUGACGAAGGCGCCUUGGGCAAAGGAUUGAUCACCCAGCUGUCAAUCUAGUGCCCGCAUCAGGUUUCUUUUUCUUGUCGCAUCACUGUAUGAUACCCAGUCGGGAGGAGACACACAGUUUUCGAUCCUAGUUUUUUUUUUUUUUUUUUUUUUUUUUUUUUUUUUUUUGUUUAU